AUGCCUAACCUGGACAGUGCACAGGCCGUCGAGAAAUAUGUCAGCUUUUAUCCCGAAUGCCAAAAAGAGGUUAUGGCGGACGACCACUAUUCGCAGCUUACUUUGAAAAACUCAUCGCGGUUUGCGCAUGCUUCGGUAGAAGAGGGAAACCGCGUCGUUGCGUUAGAAUUCAACACCAGGGGAACGUAUUUGGCGUACUCUAGAGAAGAUGGAAGCUUGAACUUGUGGAAGGUCAAAUCCGACCGUGCGCAGACGUAUUCUGUUGUCCGCGAAGUUCACGGUAUUGGGCGGAAGAUCAGCAGCAUCUCAUGGCACCCAGUGACGCACUUUCUUUUAGCUACGGUGGGCGGUACGUCGCAGGUAAACAUUUGGGACGCGUCUACGGGAGUUCUUAUCAAAAGUUUCGAGACGUCGACAGAGACGACGAAUUUGAAGUGCUGCUACGAUGCUAGUGGUAGAUGGCUUGGGGUCUUGAGCAGCACCAACGAGUUUUACAUGUUUGACGCUGACCAGAACUAUAAUCUAGCAAGUGUUUCCGAGCUGGGCUCAGAGUGCGCGGAAUCUGGAGACCAGGUCACCGCGCUUUGUUGGUCCCCAGACAGUAAACAUUUAUAUGCAGGGCGCCGAAGCGGCAAGCUCGGGGUCUUUGCUGUGAGAAAUCCUGGGCUUGAAGAACAACUUCAGGUAUCCGGGCACACCUCCGCCAUUUAUUGUCUAAGAAUCGAUCCUCAAAGUAGGUUUUUGAUAGCAGGCGGAGAUGACGCAGUCUGCUCGGUCUGGGACGCAUCUAACAUGUGUUGCGAAACGGUCAUUAGCGACUUUGACACACCAAUUAUAGAUAUGGAUCUGAGCCGCGAUGCUCUCGCACUGGCGCUAUGCUCUGAAACACAAACUCGAGUUUAUUCGGUAAGCUCUGGCGCCUGCAUAUUCCAGCUGGACCAAAAAAACAGAGUGGAUGAUCAAAAGUUCAGAUUUUAUCCAGAGAAGAUGAGCUUUGUAACUAUUGCUGAAAACGAGUGUGUGGUCAAGUAUUACGUGCCCAAAAUUACCGAGCCGCCCUUACAAAAAGAAUGGGCAGAAGCCGACAAAAGAAAGAGGCCUGCUCGCAAGGUCAGCAGCCUUGGCAACCUCGGCGCUGCAAGGAGGGACGAUGAACCGCCGAGAAGAGGCAGGUUCUCCAAGAGGCCUCUACGAAGGUAA